AUGGGAAUCAAUUUAGGACUCGUUAGAGUUGUUAAGCUACUGUCACACUUGGGUAAUCCACAUGAGAAGCUAAGAGUACUUCACGUUGCCGGUACUAAUGGUAAAGGAUCAGUAUGCAGCUAUAUGGGUUCAGUUCUUGGAUCGAAAUUUAAAGUAGGACAAUUUAACAGUCCUCAUUUAAUACACAUCACAGACUCCAUAACCGUUAAUCGCCAGCCUAUCCCGACAAAUGUAUACAGCCGUAUUAGAAGUGAAUUGGAAUCGCUCAACGUCCAACUAUCUUUACAAUGUACAGAAUUCGAAAUACUAACUUGCACCGCAUUCAAAUAUUUUUAUGAUUCUCGUGUCGAUUGGUGUAUAUUGGAAGUUGGAUUGGGUGGUCGUUUAGAUGCGACUAACAUAGUUCCUGGCCAGUUGAAAUACGGUUGUGCAAUUACAAAGAUUGGAUUAGACCACGAGUCUUUCCUGGGUACUACAGUAGCUGAAAUUGCUGCUGAAAAGGCGGGAAUCGUUGUUCCUGGUGUACAACAAGCAGUUGUGGAUGGUACAAAUGACGAAGCUGCGUUAAAAGCGGUUAAAGAUCGUUGUGCCCAAACAGGUUGUAAAUUAACUAUCACGAACAGCGAGGAGGAUUCGAAGCUCAUCAAGACUGAUUCCUGGGGAGUAUUAGAACCUCGCAUCCCACUUAAUGGUGACUAUCAAAUCCAUAACCUUAGAGUAGCUAUGACGGUCCUCGACCAAUUGCAACAGAGAGGUGAAAUAAAUCUGGACAAAAAGCUCGCUUUAGAUGGACUUUCCAAAGUUCAAUGGCCUGGAAGACUACACAAGAUUGAAAUUGGGGGUUCGAAAGUCUUGUUAGACGGUGCUCAUAAUGGCAGUGCAGCGUUGGAAUUGGCAAAAUUCUUAAGACUGGAAUACGGUGAUCAACCGUUAACGUUAGUGAUUGCAGUGACAAACGGUAAGAAAUUGGACACACUUUUGACACCGUUGGUUCGCCCUCAAGAUCGUGUAAUUGUCACCAAGUUCAGCAAAGUGGAUGGAAUGCCCUGGAUCCAACCCAUGGACGUCGAGCAAUUGUCCCAGUACAUUAAAAAAACCUGUCCGGACGUACAAGAAGUUCCAGAUGUGGAUCAAGUAAUUAGAGGUCUCAAAAACGAAAAAAAUCCAAUUGUCAUUUGCGGUUCCCUGUAUCUAUGUGGUGAUAUUCUACGCAACCGCUAG